AUGAGUACCUUCGACCCAGAGACGGCGGAAAACCACCCAGACAUAGAAAAGCAAUGGGCAGUCAAGGCCAUGCAUCAAGCUGAAGUCUAUUUUAAACUUCUUGGAUCUUUUGAUCCUUCAACGUUAAAAUUGACCAAACACGACGGAGACCUAUACGACGACUUCCGAGCCGAAUUCCCAGAACUAGACGUCCACGCACUCAACGUUGAUGAUGAUUUCAAGUCUGAGAAGGCGAAGGCUAAAUGGAGGGAGUUUCAUACAAAAUACGAGAAGAAGAUUCAAGACUACAAUUUUGGGACACUGUUGAGAAUAAAUGCUGAUGAGGAGUAUACACAGGAGAAUACGUUUUUUGUGACAAGACUACAGUUCUAUGCUGUAGAGAUUUCAAGGAAUCGUGAAGGAUAUAAUCAGCAACACGGGAAGAAGGGAUUAUGA